UGUUUCUGUCUACACUUAAAACUUUACACACCAAAUACACAACUUUCGGUCGAAAUUAAACCUUUCGAAGAUGGGCAUCCAAAAUUAUUACGGCAAUCUGAAGGAGAAGUUCUUGAGGCUCACCAGGAAGGAGGAACCAGCCAAGGCGGAGAUAGCCCACCCACCUCGGAUACAUAAUCUUGGCGAGGAAAUACGUAUGUUGGUGCACUCGCAGUCCUUUGAAAAGGCCUACAGCACUGCAGCACCAUUUCUUUUCGCCAAUUUGGGGGCGUGGCCGGGCUAUUGGCUGUUCAGAGGAAUGGAUUAUCAUGUUCAUCGAUCGCACAUUCCACUGCCCAUCUACAUAAGACAGACAUACUACCAAGCCAAAAUGGUGCAGCUUCUCAUUGUCUUGGCCGGCACUUAUACCGUUUUCCGAAACACCACUCGCUUACGAUUGAUGAAUGCAAAUAGAGUGGCAAAGUCCUAAAGUCUUCCAAAAUCAUGCAAUGGAUGUCCAAAAACCAAGCGAAGCAGCGUCUUACAAAAUACGAAAACAGACCAUUUGAAAGCUGAACUUGUAUUUUAACAAACACAAGAUAAACUCAAAAAAUA